AGUUCUUAAACAUCGUUUCCGCUUGAAAAUUUUCGUACAUCUUCAAUCCUUCGAAUCGCCGUAUCAGUUCGUGAAGUUUCAUCGUGUUCAUCUACAGUCGCGAUGUCGUCAAAAAAUACCAGUGAAAAGGUUUUAGAGAUCGAUGCACACGUCACCAAACAUUAUGACAUUGUUCGACGUCUUGGCAAGGGGGCUUACGGUAUUGUAUGGAAGGCGAUAGACAAGAAAAGCAAAGAAACAGUAGCGGUGAAGAAGAUCUUCGAUGCCUUCAGAAAUCAGACGGAUGCACAGCGCACAUUCCGUGAGAUAAUGUUUCUACUAUCAUUCGCCAAUCACGACAACAUCAUACGACUGAUCGGUCUUCACAAGGCGAACAACGACCGAGAUAUUUAUCUCGUAUUCGAGUACAUGGGUGAGUUUUACCCGGUCCGAAGAAGAAUUCGAACGAAGGUCACAUGCCGCGGCGAUUCUCAGACUUUUGGCCUGAAACCCGUUUCGGCCCGUUUCCCCAGAAACCGAUCUCCACAACGUGAUUAAGAAGGGCAAGAUCCUGAAGGACCUCCACAAGGUGUUCAUCAUGUAUCAGCUGUUUAAGGCGAUCAAAUACAUUCAUUCAGGAAACGUGAUACACAGAGAUUUGAAGGUGAGAUGGUCUACGCGGAUUGAUUCCCAUCGGAAUGACUGCUAUGUUUAUGUUUGUUCCAGCCAUCAAAUGUUCUACUAAAUGCUCAUUGCCAUUGCAAAAUCGCUGAUUUCGGAUUAGCACGAUCUGUCACUCAAAUAGGCGAAGGAGAUGGUGAAACCACCAGCGAUCCGACACUCACCGAUUAUGUGGCAACUCGCUGGUACCGUGCACCGGAGAUACUCGUUGCUUCAAAAAGGUACACGAAGGGUAUUGAUAUGUGGUCAUUGGGAUGCAUUCUUGGCGAAAUGCUUCUUGGAAAGCCAUUAUUUCCUGGUUCAUCGACUAUAAAUCAAGUGGAAAGAAUAAUGGCCACUCUCCCGCCACCUACUAGAGAAGAUCUGAUUUCGGUUAGCGCCGGAUAUGCUACUCAUUUAUUAGAGAAGACACCAAACGCACCAAGACGUUCAUUGAAGGAUUUAUUACCAGAGGUGCCGGAGAAAGCAUUGAACCUUAUCAGCAAUCUGAUUGUCUUCAAUCCAAAUCGCAGACUAACAGCUGUGGAAGCUUUAGAACAUCCUUAUGUGGCCGAGUACAUUAAUUUUAACGAGAAAUAAAAGAAAUUAUUUUAUUAUUAUGGUCAUUAUUCUUUUUACAGUUUUCAUAGAAGAAGCAACGAACCGGAAAGAGGUUCGAGUGUGGUACCGUUGCUCAGAGACGACGUACAACUCUCUGUCGACGAAUACAGAAAUAAGCUUUAUUCAAUGAUGGACGAGAAACAUCGCAAACAUAAGAAUAUGUCUAAGUCCAGAAUUAAACGAUUAUCGGAGCACAUCAGGAAGGAAACAGUUAAUAGUAAUAGUAAUCCAGUCAUUGGUCAAGGUGAUGCGAUUGUUAGUAAAAAUCUUACACAUUCGUAUCAAGAUUUACGUAAAGAGAGAGGUAAAAGCGACAUAUAUGAACCUUCUUAUUUAGAAGUGCGUACACAGUUACCAAGUAGAAAGACAACACGACAUUCGCAAAUUGAUAGUGGAGAAAGAAUUACGAAAACGAGACCGAUAUGUCUUUCUGUCGAGCAACAGAUACAAAACACAAAAUAUCUUCGGCCAACUGUUAAAAGUGUAGCAACUCAAUAUACACACAACUUUGUAAACGGUAGUUUAAAUAAUUUGACUCCAAGCACGACCAAAAGCUGCUUAUAUCUCAAUCAACAGCACCGACAACUAUCCAAAUCUCAGCGUUCUAUACAAUCGGAUCAACCUAUGGUGUGUGCACCUGGAAGAAGACCAAGUCAAGUAGUAGCUGGCAACCGAGAUAAAUUACGAAGGAAUUGCAAACAGGCCCGUACUACAAAUCGACUUACAUCAAAUCUAAAUUGGCGGGAGGAAGAUCAACAGAAGACUUCGUUCAAUCACGAUAAUUCGAAAAGUCUUCAGACAAAAUAUUUCGCGAGAACGCCUGAUAACGUAAAUGCUUACUAUCUUAGCUCUGGAAGUAACAACAAGAGUAGCAAUAGCUCCAAAUCUUUGUACAAUUCAUAUCAUCCUACUGUGAAAAGAGAAAAUAUAACUAUACGAAACUAUCUGAGUCAAACGGUACCAUUGCGUGUGGAAGAACAAACGCUGUCGCUCUCCAAUCGAAUAAAAAACAAUACAGAUUACCGGAUGAUCCUUCGAAGUAACGCUAGCAAUACCGAGACGCUACAUCAAUCUGGUAAUUAUCUUACAAACAACAACAAUCGCUCGAGGAACACAGUUCCGAAUCGAUGUCACAUCAUAGGAACACAGUUGAAACAUGUCGCCGAUGAAAGUAUAAAUAGUGAAAAAAAGCCGGCAUUGAUACGUGACUCGCUUUUCUUAGAUAAUUAUAAUCAAAGUCACGGUAUAAUAACGGCGUCUAUGUACAAAGAUCUACGAAAUGGGACUAUAAGAUGGUAAAAUAUUGCCGAUUGCAGCUUCUAAAAAAAAGACACAAAUAAACCAGAAAGAUUUAUUACAGAUAUUUUGGUAUUAUUCAUCCCCGUAAAUAGCUUUUUUACGCAAUGAAUAUUCUUUUUCAAACAAUUAAUAAAUAAGACUUUGAUUCAUUCUUGAAAUUAUACUAAAAUUAUGGAUUUUCUUAUAUUAAUAAAUAUAAUAAAUAUUCGCAUAUUAAUAAAUAUAAUAAAUGUAAAAGGAGUGUAUAUAAGAAAUUGAAAAUCGAAGUUUAUACAGGAAUAUUCUCCUUCUCAAAAGCUGCGAACAAUGUAUUUAACGUUCCUACAUAAAUUUUUAAAACGUAAAAGCAUAACGAUCUAUCAAUUGAUCUGAGUUCCUACAAAAACAAACUGCCGAAGCUUCAAUAUAAAUCAAGUUAUUAUAAAUGCAAGUAUAAAUAACAAAGAAAUAAUGAUUUUGAGAUAAACAAUACUUCAAGUUGUUCGAUAAGAAGAAUCUUGCGAUGUAUGAUCACUACAUAGUUUUAAGAUAAGAAACGGAAAAAUUUGUCCAACUUGUUCAACUCGGAAUAUUAACUCAACAUAAUAUUGCUUACAAAAGAGGAGAGGGAGGAAAAAAAUUAUAAUUAUCUUUUGGAAGUUUUAUAAUUAUCGAGUUGAAAUUUGGAAUAAUCACGAAUUUAUUAUUACAAAUAUAUAAGUAUGUAACACAUGAAGCCAAUUAUUGGGGCCAAAAUGGUGUAACAAUAUCAUUUUUCAUGAUAUCAACUCGUCCCCCGCGAAAAGCAAAGAUAUUAUUCUUUCCUCUUCGCGUUCAAUGUUUAUUCCUCGACAAUGUAGCGUUUAAAUUCCAUUGUAAUAUACUUUUUUGUGAUACUUUUAUGCGGCUAUGUGAUAAUGUCCAAUUCGUAUGUAUUACCUGUCGUGGAAUAAAUUUUUAUUAAAGCAAUGUGACUCGUACGCUUUUCUGUCUGUACCCAGAUCAAAAGCUGAAAGAUUGCCUCGUGUCGUAAUGAAAACAUUCUUUUGAGUCAGAAUAUGACAACCCCGUAUUUUCAUUUCUCAUUUUCAUGUUCAAUUCUAGCUCUCGUUGUCAUGUUGUUUCUUUUUUUAGCAAGACGAAAGUACAUAUUAUUUCUUUUAUUCUAAAUAAAUAUUAUUUUUCCUUCUUAUUCAUAUCUUUCUUUGUUCCCAGAUUUAUAAAAGCAUGAGCUGAAUCUGUUCACAUAUACGUAUAUGUAAAUAUGUUAUGUUGCUUGUUGCACUAGCCUUUAGGAAAAAAUAUCUACAUUUUCAAAGCAUUGUUUUCAAUUCGAGUAUAUUGCACAUGAUUUGUUACGAAGAACGAAUAUUCGUUCCGUAUUCAUUAAGAUGACAUGUAUGUACCUAUAUAUACAAUGCACCUCUUAUCAUCAACAUCCAAUAUUUCGUAAAAUAAAGAAUUGUAUGAAAUUGUAAAGAAAAGAAAUUCUUUGUCUCAAUCACAUAAGUAUGUACAUCUAUGUCACCGCUUAUCGUCCAUCGACAUUCUUUAAUACAUGGAUUAGUCCAAGUUUUAUUCAAUCCUUCGAAAUGUUUAAAUGUGAUGCGAAUACACAUAUAGAAUACAAAUAUUGAACCGGAAUAAAUUGCAAAAGUUAUGGAGAAUUUAAUAUCCCAAUAGGACGUAUAUAAUCGGGAUAUAUGUCAAUUUAAUCGAUACAAUUUUUCGAAAUGAAAAUAGCGCUUUUUUCGUAUUAUUGUAUUUUCGUAUUGUAUAUUCGUAUUAUUGUAUAUUUAACAACAGAGGCAACAUUAUUAAUAUCUCACGAUAACAACAUUAGUUCCAAAUUUUAACGAUUUUUUAUUAGGAAAAAUGUUAAAAAAUUUUAUAAAUAUUUUGAAAGCCUCUAUUUUCAAACAGUGCAAUUUUUUUGUAUUUUUAUAAGGAUCAAUUCAAUUUGAAUUUAAUUAAACUGGAUAAUACCAUCAAUGUCAAGCCCACACGACGAACAUAUUUAUUGAAUGUAAAUGUACAAACUAUUUAUGUUCAUUUGAUCCUGUUACACACAACAGGAUUAUUCUUAUUAUUCUUCUUAUGAAAAAUUAUUUUAAUCAAACUCGAACGAAUAUGAAUGAUAAAUAAAUAACAUGAUUGAAAGUAUGACUUCUCGUCACUGUUUCAAUAUUCUUUUCUUUUCAAAUUCAGCCCUGUUUGUCUCCUCCAUUCAAAUUCACUUCAGAAACUUACCCUUUUACCUGGUUCCUCAUUAAUUACUACUUUUGCUGUUUUUUCAUUCAUCAUAAUGAAUUCAUUAUAAUGCAUAGUAGAUAGAAUGUACAUUAUUGCAAUAAGACUUUCGUUUCAGGAAAUCAAAUGCAAUUUAC